CAACAGCGGAGGAUUCAAACGGAACAUGGCCGCGGGUAAAGAUGUGGACGAAAACGCACACAACCGAAGAGGUCCAGUGUGCGGCAUGGUGAUCGGUCACGAGGCGUCCCCGGGGGGCUCUGGCGCCGGCCCCCCCCCUCCGGUCAUCUUGGACCCGGACUUCUUCGUGGAGAAGCUCCGCCACGAGAAGCCGGACGUGUUCCUGGAGCUGGUGCUGAGCAACGUCACGCGCCUCAUCGACCUGCCCGGGGGCGAGUUCGCCCAGCUGCUCGGCGAGGAGCGCCCCAAGACCCCGACGGGCGGCGGCGGCGGGGGCUUCUUUCGCUCCUUCAACUUCCUCAAACGCAAAGAUAAAGGAGUUGUGUUUGGAGCGCCGCUGACGGAGGCCGGCGUCGCCCAGAUCUACCAGCUCAUCGAGUACCUGAGCCAGAACCUGCAGGUGGAGGGCCUGUUCCGGGUCCCGGGGAACAGCGCCCGGCAGCAGGCCCUGAAGGAGCUCCUGAACAGCGGCGCCGACGUGGACCUGCAGUCCGGAGCCUUCCACCCCCACGACGUGGCCACGCUGCUCAAGACCUUCCUGGGGGAGCUGCCCGAGCCGCUGCUCACGCAGCGACACCUGCACGCGCACCUGAAGAUCGCCGACCUGAGGCUGUUGGACGCGCACGGCGCCCGGACGCUGCUGCCCCACAAGGAGCGGCAGGUGGAGGCGCUGCAGCUGCUGCUGCUGCUGCUGCCGCCGGUGAACCGGCUGCUGCUCCGCCUGCUGCUGGAGCUGCUGCACCGCACGGCGCGCCAGCAGCUCCGCAACAAGAUGACCGCCGGGAACCUGGCGCUCAUGUUCGCGCCGCACGUCGUCUGGCCCCGACACAUGACAGCCACGGACCUGAAGGACAACCUGAAGAAGCUGAACAGCAGCAUGGCGUUCCUCAUCAAGCACUCGCAGAAGCUCUUCAGGGCUCCAGGCUACCUGAGGGAUUACGCCAAGGUGCACUUCACGGGGACCACGGCUCUGCAGACCAAGGACGACCUGGAGCCGUUGGCGCCGGCCCUGAAGCGGCCGGCGGCGCCGGAGCAGUACCGGUCCCCGGCUCAGCAGUACACGGAGGAGGCCCUGAAGGAGCUCUUCAGACACGUCCACCUCAACAUGCCGGACUCCGCCAAGAAGAAGAAGCUCGUCCGGCAGCUGGUCAAGCAGACGACCUCGGCCCCGCCCCCUAUCGAGCAUCACCACCAGGGGGCGCCGGCUCCCAGCAAGAAACACCUGCGCUCCCGCUCCUUCGGGGGCCUCAUCAAGCGCAGAGCUCGCGGCGAGCAGCUAACGGGGGAGAGGCGGCUCGGACACGUCUCGCCCGACGCCGUCAUCAAGGCCGGAAGGAAAGCCGACAAAGAGAACGGCGUCCUGCGAGGGGUGAGCGGCCUGCUGGACGGCCCCCUGCUGGGCAGGAGCCACCACAACGCUCUGAAGGUCUCCAAGCAUCCCUCCCCCUGUGUAACCAGGAUGCGUUUCUCUCCUGCUCAGGAGAUCUCGCUGUGACUUCCUAGACACUUUCAUUAUAAUAAUAAUUAGGAUAACUGUAGUUGUGUUUUAUAUUUCAUGUCGUUACCGUGACGACAGCGGCGACCGGCGUUUACACGACUCCUCCAGACGCUCGAUGUCGAGCGAGCCGCUCCGGAGCGUCCGGUUCCUUUGUUCUUCAGAUGUUUUUACUCUUUCCGUUAGAAAAUGUAAAACAAUGUAAAUAAUGAGUUUUAAUAACCACUGAGUCCUGUUGGAGCUGGUCACAUCAUGACAUCACGCCUCUGGGCCUCAGGGGCCCCCGGGGCCUCGAUGUGACUGACUGACAGCAAAGGGGGCGGGGCCUCCGCCGUGUCCGAAUCUGUGACGACUCUUAUGCUAAGCUAACGGUGUGGAGCGUGUUACAUGUACAGGUUUACGUUUUUAUAUCUUUACGUCUCCAUUUUGAAACUGUGUUGUUGUUGUUGUUGUCUUAACUCGUCGGUUACUGGAGGCUCAUCUCCGCUGCUGCUGGUCUCAGAACCAGUGAGCGAUUCAUUAUAAACUGAAACCUCACGGGGCUUAAAUACCUUCUGAUCUUCACCUGUACUUUAUUAUCUCGUUCACGAGGAGGAAGAUGACGAGGAAGACGAGGAGGAAGAUGAGUCGACGGUUUAGACGGAAGUUUGUUGCUCGAGGUUUAAAAUGAGCAGAAAGAAGCGAGAGAGGAACGUAAAGACUGAAGGAAACCAACCGGGGUCAUGGUUGGUGUUUAAGAUCCAGGAGGGACGACUGAAGGUCAGAGGAAGGUCACAUGGUCAGGGGAAGGUCAGAUGAAUGUCAGGGGAAGGUCACAUGGUCAGGGGAAGGUCAGAUGAAUGUCAGGGGAAGGUCACAUGGUCAGGGGAAGGUCAGAUGAAUGUCAGGGGAAGGUCACAUGGUCAGGUGAUGUCAGAGGAAGGUCAGGUGAAGGUCACAUAAAGGUCGGACCGGUUUGAUCCCUUUAGGAUAAAAUGCGGUCUGCAAUAAAAAAUGUAGGAUUUUAAAUUUCAUAAACACUUAAACAAUC